UCCUCCUGCUCUGAGACUCGGAAGUCACCGAAGCCGAAGGCGUUUGCUUCCAUCUUCUUCGUCCAUCAUUUAUUUUUUCUACUGAUAACUCUUUUGUUUGAAAAUGACUGAUCAAGACGGAGACUGGAAUUUUUAUCUCAGAAACCUAAGCAAUAGCGCGCGGGAUUCAACGGAUCCUGCUUCUGAUCCAUCUACACUACAAUCAGUGAAGAAGCUACAUGGGUUCUGUAAAUUGGAGAAAUCAGAUGAUUUGGUGGCUAGAAUCUAUCCGCAAAUGAAUAAAGUCUUCCAGCGUUUUGUUGCUUCACUGUCUCAGUCCGAGUCAGGGACGUCUAAAGGUCUUCUCUUGCUUGCCAUUCUUCAGUUUUUUCUUGAUUUUGGAGAUGUGGUUCUGCACGAUGCUGACCCGAGUUUGAGGACAUUCUUCCGCUCGUGUCUUAGCCGUGAGUUCUCAGAUACUGCUGUUGCAGAGGCAACUUGUGACUUUCUUAUUGAGAACAAGAGAAAAAUCUUGGCGUCUUUUCCAAACUUACUUCCUCAGUUUUUCCCGUUGUUGCUUAAGCUCAUUGCCUGGAACUGGGAAAAGUUGGAGAAGUCCUUCCUGAAGAUAUUUCCUGGACUAAUAUCACCUGGGUCAUUUCUUCCUCUGUUUCCAUCCAUUCUAGACUUGCCUAUGUUGGUUGUGGCAUUGGAAAAAGUGGAAAGAAGUUCUGGGUCGGGUUCAAGGGUUGGAGGUAGCAUCGCUUCAAUCCAGAAGAGUGCAGCACCCGAGAUGCUUCUUGCCCUUAUGGAUGAAGCCUAUACUGGUUCAACCAUCGGGGAUGGUGGGGAUGACUCAGAAUCUGAAGAUAACAAUACAAUAGAUCUAGCUGAUCCUCUGUUUCUGGAGCUUCUCAAGGAUGAAAAUGAUGGUCUAGCUGAAAGACACCGAGCUUCUCCUGCAUUAAACGCAGCGCUGCAGACUGCUGCAAGUGGUCCUCAGUCAGAGAGGAUGAAGCAGACACUUAAGAUUGCUCCUCGACUUCUUGAUGUCUACUUUAGUGUUGCGUUGCGAGAUGCAAAUGACUCUCUGAUCUGUGCAUUACUUCCUCUACUCAUGACUAGAAACUCUACAAUGUUUCCGGAUAAGAAUUUUUCUCACGAGAUCCGUAGGAGGCUACUGGAAUUCGUGCUAGCUGCAUUUCAGAGGUCUCCAAAUUUCAUUGCGCUGUUGAAAAAGCCUAUAAUUGACAGGCUUGGAGAAGCUUACGAUGACGCUGCUAAGAGAGAGUUAGCUUUACAGCUAUGUUGGGCAAUUGGAGAGUAUGGUGGUGGGGGAGAAUCACACAAGGAUGCUGCUCGUGAGCUCUUUGAAAGCUUAGAGUUGCUUCUGUAUGAGAAUCUCUCAUCGAGCCGCCUAGGUUUGAGGCAAGAAUCUGGGAAUGCUUCCAGAAGAACAACACAGUCAAGGCUUUUGUGUUUCGUAGUGACAGCUAUCGCAAAGCUCGCAACUUAUCACCGGGAAUUAUUGCCAAGAGCCCGCGUUGCCUUGGGAAAGGUAGUUCGGUCUCGGAUAUCUGAUGCAAGGGUUUGGAGACGAGCACAUGAUUACUUAGGACUAAUGAACGAACCAGGAAUCUGUUGGUCUGUGUUAGGACCUUCACGGAUUUCAGAAAAAUUUCCCGGCACGGUUAAUUGGAGCGAGGGUGGGGAGAAAAUGGUUGCACACAUUCCAUUUCACAUUCUAAGUGAACAAGGAGGACCUCCGUUCCAUGACUUUGCUUUCUCUGAUGUCAUCCCCAAGAACUGAUCAAAGAAGUCUCUUAAAUUGUUUGUUUUGGUGAAUAGAGAAACCCAAAGGUGUUUGUUUUGUGUAUACAUCUGCAAUCUUUUUGGCCAGCAGUUGUAGUCUUGUAACAUUAUUCAAAAUGGACAAAUUUCUUCAAUGUGAUCUGUUUAGACCCGGGUUUAAAUUGAAUCCGGUUUUGAUCUG